AUGUGCUUUUUCCGCGAAAUUUUUAGUUUGUGGUUUCCCCGCUGUUGUUAUUGUUGUUGUGGGAAUUCGGUUUCUUCUCCUACACGGACCCCUUUAAACCAAGAUCCUACUGCAGUCCCUUCUGCUACCUGUUCGCGGAGAGGACGCACGUUUCUAGAACUUAGAAUGAAUGGAUCUGCUAACAACCAUGUCAAUGGAGUUGUCCCAGACGAAGAAAAAAUUGCAAUUUUGGAUGCUGGUGCUCAGUAUGGGAAGGUGAUAGACCGGAAAGUACGAGAAUUGAGUGUGGAUGCAGCGUUGAUUCCCUUAGACACACCAGCUUUUGCUUUGAAAGAAAAAGGUUACAAAGCUAUUAUUAUAUCUGGUGGACCAAGCUCGGUCUAUGCUGAAGAUGCACCUCGUUACGACCCAGAUAUUUUUUGGUGUGGAUUACCUGUUUUAGGGAUCUGCUAUGGAAUGCAGAUGCUUAAUAAAGAGUUCUCGGGUACAGUCACAAAAAAAGACGUACGAGAGGAUGGACAAUUUAAAGUAACAGUGGACCCAAAAAGUCCUCUGUUCAAAGGACUGUCAAAGGAGCAGCAAGUACUUUUAACUCAUGGAGACAGCAUUGAUAAAGUGGCUGACGGCUUUAAGGCCAUUGCAAAUUCCGGAAAUAUCGUUGCUGCCAUAGGCAAUGACAAACUCCAGUUGUAUGGGGUGCAGUUCCAUCCAGAGGUAGAUCUUACUGAAAAUGGUAAACAGAUUCUGAAGAAUUUUCUCUUUGAAAUUGCUGGCUGUAAAGGAACCUACACAAUGAAGUGUCGGGAAGCUGCUUGUAUUGACUACAUUUGCUCAACUGUAGGUAAUAACAAAGUUUUGAUGUUACUCAGUGGUGGUGUUGAUUCAACUGUUUGUGCGGCUUUGUUGAACAAAGCGUUAAAAGAGGACCAGGUUGUUGCCAUUCACAUAGACAACGGAUUCAUGAGAAAAAACGAGAGCACAAAAGUUGAGGAAUCACUUUCGAGGAUUGGGGUAAAGGUCAAAGUGGUUCGAGCUGCACACACAUUCUACAACUCUACUACAUCCAUUCCAAUUGACCGGACUGAUCCAAAUUCUCGAAAGAAGAAGACAAACAUGUUAAAUACAACAACCAAUCCGGAAGAAAAGAGGAAAAUUAUUGGAGACACAUUUAUGAAGGUUGCAAAUGAUGUGAUAGAAGAACUCAAUUUAAAACCACAAGAGGUCUACUUAGGCCAAGGAACCCUUAGGCCAGAUUUGAUUGAAAGUGCUUCUGCUUAUGCUAGUUCAAAUGCCGAGCCAAUCAAAGUUCACCAUAAUGACACAGAAUUAGUACGAGAAUUACGGACUCAGGGUCGUGUUGUAGAGCCAUUGAAAGAUUUUCACAAGGAUGAAGUGCGAGUUAUAGGCAAAAGCUUAGGUCUUCCGACAGAGCUUGUACAGCGACACCCAUUUCCUGGUAAUAUUCUGACGUUGUCUUCUCAUGUCAUCUUCUACCAUCGUCAUCUACUUCUAAUGACACCAUCAUCUUUUUUUUGUCUCUCUUCAUCCCCGUCUCUCUUCAUCCCGUCUCUCUUCAUCCCCGUCUCUCUUCAUCCCGUCUCUCUUCAUCCCGUCUCUCUCUUCAUCCCGUCUCUCUUCAUCCCGUCUCUCUUCAUCCCCGUCUCUCUCUUCAUCCCCCGUCUCUUCAUCCCCGUCUCUCUUCAUCCCCGUCUCUCUUCAUCCCCGUCUCUCUUCAUCCCCGUCUCUCUUCAUCCCCGUCUCUCUUCAUCCCCGUCUCUCUUCAUCCCCGUCUCUCUUCAUCCCCGUCUCUCUUCAUCCCCGUCUCUCUUCAUCCCCGUCUCUCUUCAUCCCCGUCUCUCUUCAUCCCGUCUCUCUUCAUCCCCGUCUCUCUUCAUAUCUCUCUUCAUCCCCGUCUCUCUUCAUCCCCGUCUCUCUUCAUCCCCGUCCCUUCAUCCCUGUCUCUUCAUCCCCGUCUCUCUUCAUCCCGUCUCUCUUCAUCCCGUCUCUCUUCAUCCCGUCUCUCUUCAUCCCCGUCUCUCUUCAUCCCCGUCUCUCUUCAUCCCCGUCUCUCUUCAUUUUUGUCUCUCUUCAUCCCCGUCUCUCUUCAUCCCCGUCUCUCUUCAUCCCCGUCUCUCUUCAUCCCCCAACUCUUUAAAAACACCACACUCUUUGCUGAACAGAGUAAAAAGUUGUACCACAGAUCAAGAACAAGCAGAAUUAGUUCGACUCACAGAAAUGCAAACAUUAGGUGCCAUGUUGCUACCUGUGAAAAGUGUUGGUGUACAAGGUGACUGUAGAACUUACAGCUAUGUGGCUGCUUUGUCAGGAGAUUCUGAACCUGCAUGGGAAAAUCUGUUUGUGCUGGCGAAAUUGAUUCCCAAAAUUUGUCAUAAUAUAAACAGGGUCGUCUAUGUAUUUGGAGGCAUGGUUCGGUUUCCUGUCGAAGACGUAACACCAACCUUCCUUACAGAUGGAGUCCUCAGCACAUUAAGGCAAGCUGAUUUCAUGGCUACCAAAGUGUUGCAGGACUCUGGUUACAUUUCUAAGAUCUCUCAAAUGCCCAUCAUUCUUACCCCUUUGCACUUUGACAGAGACCCUAUAAACCAUCAGCCUUCAUGUCAAAGAUCAGUGGUCAUCCGUACAUUUAUAACCAAUGAUUUUAUGACAGGAGUACCAGCAACUCCAGGAGUGCAUAUCCCUGAAGAGUACUUGUUUUUCUUUUCUUCUUCUUUUCUUUUCUUUUUCUUUUCUUUUCUUUUCUUCUUCUUUUCUUUUCUUUUCUUCUUCUUUUCUUUUCUUUUCUUCUUCUUUUCUUUUCUUCUUCUUCUCUUCUUCUUUUUCUUCUUCUUUUUCUUCUUCUCUUCUAAUUCUUUUCUUCUUCUCUUUCUUUUCUUCUUUUCUUUUCUUCUUUUCUUUUCUUCUUUUCUUCUCUUUCUUUUCUUCUCUUUCUUUCUUUCUUUUCUUCUCUUUUUCUUUUCUUCUCUUUCUUUUCUUCUCUUUCUUUUCUUCUCUUUCUUUUCUUCUCUUUCUUUUCUUCUCUUUCUUUUCUUCUCUUUCUUUUCUUCUCUUUCUUUUCUUCUCUUUCUUUUCUUCUCUUUCUUUUCUUCCCUUUCUUUUCUUCCCUUUCUUUUCUUUUCUUUUUUUCUUCCUUUUUUUCUUCCUUUUUUUCUUUUUUCUUUUCUUCCUUUUUUUCUUUUUUCUUUUCUUCCUUUUUCCUUUUUUCUUUUUUCUUUUCUUCUUUUUUUUUCUUUUUCUUUUCUUUUUUCUUUUCUCUUCUCUUUCUUUUCUCGCCCGAUCGGAGUUGACAUGCCGUUAAAUCCAACAUCCAUCCAUCUUUCUUUUCUUUUUCUUUUCUUCUUCUCUUUCUUUUCUUUUCUUUUCUUUUCCUUUCUUUCUUUUCUUUUUUCUUUUCUCUUUCUUUUUUCUUUUCUUUUCUUUUUUUUCUUUUCUUUCUUUUCUUUUUCUUUUCUCUUUCUUUUCUUUCUUUUCUUUUUUUUUUCUCUUUCUUUUCUCUUUUUUUUUUCUUUUCUUUUUUCUCUUUCUUUUCUUUUCUUUUCUUUUCUUUUCUUUUUCUUUUCUCUUCCUUUUUUUUCUUUUCUUUUUUCUUUCUUUUUUCUUUUUUCUUUUCUUUUUCUUUUUCUUUUUUCUUUUCUUUUCUUUUUCUUUUCUUUUCUUUUUUCUUUCUUUUCUUUUCUUUUCUUUUUUCUUUUCUUUUCUUUUCUUUUCUCUUUUCUUUUUUUUCUUUUCUUUUAUUUCUUUUCUUUCUUUUCUUUUUCCUUUUCUUUUUUCCUUUUCUUUUCUUCUCUUUCUUUUUUUCUUUCUUUUCUUCCCUUUCUCUUCUUUUCUUUCUUUUCUUUCUUUUAA